AUGUCGGAGGAGGAGCCGUUGAAGGUGAUUCUCCUGGGGAAUAGCGGCGUCGGGAAGAGCAACCUGAUCGCGCGGUUUCACAACAACGAUUUCUCGGAAGACUUCGAGAGCACGGUCGGGGUGGAGUUCGUGACGAAGAGGAUCACCGUCGAUGGCGUUCCCGUCAAGCUCCAGAUUUGGGAUACCGCGGGCCAGGAGCGAUACGCGAGCAUGAUGAAGACGUACUACCGAAAGGCGAAGGGUUCGCUUUUGUUUUAUGACUUCACGAACAGAUUUUCUUUCGUGGGACUCGAGGCCUGGCGCAAGCACCUCGAAGCCAACGCGGACCCACGGUGCGUGUCCAUCGUGACGGGUAACAAGUCGGACGUGAGCGACCAACUGGUCAGUCCGAACGACGGGGAAGCCUACGCCAGACAGGUGAGCCGCGGCAUGUAG